CAAAACCAAAAGGGAUUCUAGUAUUGGGUAGAAAUAAGGAAAUGGGGGCAGUUUUACUGUGUCUUUUGAUGACCUGCUUUUGAACAUUCUCAUCUGCAUGGGGGAAAAGCACAAAAUCUAUUGAAAAGCAAUGCUGUGUUCUUGGCUGAUCAGCAGUGGGAAAAGAGCUCUUGCUGUUCCAUGAUAGACUGAGGGCAUGCAGCUUAGAAUGGGAAAGAACAUGGAAACAAGUUGUUGUUUGGGACGUUUUGUUAUUGUGCUUUUUUUUUUUUUUUUGGAUGUGUGAAGAAUGAGUCUGUAGAAGGAUGUACAAAGGAAGAACUGCUACUGAUGGCCUGAAAAUUUUCCCUGCGACAGCGUUAUAGAUCAAUGUGAGGUCAGUAGGUUUGCAUUUCCCCUGAAGCAGAGGGUUUUGUAACUGUUCUCCCUCACCCCUAGCAAAAUAGAUAGUCAGCCCAGAGUAACCGAGGGAGCAUCCCUUUGGGAAGGUAGGAAAACUGUUUCAGGCUCAUUGGACUUGAAUUGACAGCAGGAUAUUCACAAAAGAAAUCCCGGAGACAGGCUGAAACGGUAGUUUUAGCAGAAGAAGAAGUGUCUAGAUUAGAGAGCAAGAGAUCUCUGAGUCAUCUCUUUAUAAUUGAAUAAGCGCUUAUGAAAGUGCAGAGGCAGGGGGUGAAGGGAGACAAAAGAGGAACAAGGAAGGAGCCCUAUCAGCACCCACAGAAAUUUUGAGGGAUCCUCCCAUGUAAAUGCCAUAGGAUCAAGUAGAUAUGGGAGGAGAAUUAGGAGGAGCUCUAAUUACAAAAGAUACGGGAAGGGCAAGAUCAAGAAGAAGGUGAUUAUGAUGUAUGAUGGUCACAAAGGAUGAAGUUGGAACACCAAUACUGAAAGUUUAAGAAGACUGUUGGCCUCUGAGGAUUUUGAUGAGAUCACUGCAUGCUCUCUCUUUUGGAAGAGGUGGUCAAAGGAAAUGGAUAGCUAUUCAGACUUCAGUGCAGAGAACCUCUCAUCUUCAGCUAAUAUGUCUAUUUCUUUGCCUGGACAAGUUGGACUCAAUACCACCAGCGGUCCUCCUUCUAUGUCAAUAAGCAGGCUUUUCCCAGCCCUGUUAGAAUGCUUUGGGAUAAUUCUUUGUGGCUACAUAGCUGGAAGAGCCAACAUUAUCACUUCAACUCAGGCCAAAGGACUGGGAAACUUUGUCUCACGUUUUGCACUCCCAGCACUACUGUUCAAAAACAUGGUGGUACUUAACUUUUCUAAUGUGAAUUGGUCUUUCCUGUACAGUAUCUUAGUUGCCAAAGCUGCUGUGUUUUUCUUAGUCUGCGUUUUAACCUUGUUGGUAGCCAGUCCUGAGAAUCGAUUUAGCAAAGCAGGUUUGUUCCCUAUUUUUGCUACACAAAGCAAUGACUUUGCACUGGGAUAUCCAAUAGUUGAAGCUUUAUAUCAAACCACUUACCCAGAGUAUCUCCAGUACAUUUACCUAGUGGCUCCAAUAUCUCUUAUGAUGCUAAACCCUCUGGGGUUUAUUUUCUGUGAAAUCCAGAAGUGGAGGGAUAAUCGCACUGUGUCCCAAAGCAAACUCAAAAUAGUGGGCCUAGCACUCCUUCGAGUUCUGCAGAACCCAAUUGUAUUCAUGGUCUUCAUAGGAAUUGUCUCAAACUUUAUUCUUGGCCAGAAAAUUCCCGAAUACCUUGAAAAUUUCCUUGACGGACUGGGCAGUUCAUUUUCUGGCUCUGCACUUUUUUACCUUGGACUAACCAUGGUGGGACAAACGAAAAAACUGACAAAGGGUAUGUUUGUUGCACUGAUCCUUCUCAUCACAGCUAAACUACUUAUGAUGCCAUUUCUCUGUAGAGAAAUGGUAGAACUCCUGGACAAGAGUGACAGCGUAGUCAACCACACCAGUUUAUCAAACUAUGCAUUUCUUUAUGGAGUUUUUCCAGCAGCACCUGGUGUCGCAAUAUUUGCAGCUCAAUUUAAUAUGGAAGUUGGAAUUAUUACCUCAGGCAUGGUGAUAAGCACGUUUGUGUCUGCACCUAUCAUGUAUGUUUCUGCGUGGCUGUUGACCAUUCCAUCUAUGGAUCCCAACCCACUGGCAUCUGCACUCCAAAAUGUUAGCUUUGACAUCAGUAUUGUCAGCCUCGUUUCUCUGAUUUGGUCUCUCAUUGUUGUUCUUCUGAGUAAGAAAUACAAACAGCUUCCUCAUAUGAUUACAACAAAUCUACUUGUUGCUCAGUUUAUUGCUUGCAUUGGAAUGGUGAUAUGGAAUUUCAUUGUUAAAGAGAAAGACAUCACAUUGCAGAUCCUAGUAUUUAUAUUUCUCUACAGCUCACUUUAUAGCACCUACCUGUGGACAGGUUUUCUAUCUUUCUCUCUCUUUCUGUUGAGGAGGAGAGAAACCGUGAAGAUUCCCAUUGGGUUUAUUAUCAUAGCUGGAUGGGGAAUCCCAACACUUCUGGUGGGAAUCUUGUUAAUAGUUGGUGAACAUAACAGCACUAGCAUUGACUCUGCCUUUUUCUAUGGAAAACAGCAGAUAAUUACCACAGCAGUGAUCCUGUUCAUCAGUAUAUUGAUGUCAGGCAUCUCGCUUAUGUGCAUGAACAGAAAUAGACAAGAAUCAAGCUAUGAGGUACUGAACCCAUAUUCACCUCGUAGCCAAGCAGAGGAGGUUGAGGUGGAAGGGAAUGCGGGGAAUCGAGUUUCAGCCACUGUGCCUCAACCUUCUGCAGGGUCUUCUGCUCAGCCUUCUGUGGCAUCUUCUGCACAGCCAUCUCCAGAAAGAGGUUGCUGUUCUUGUCAGACAACAAAUGGGGAAUUACCCUGUGCUAACGAGAGUAAAGCUGUGCCAAAUGCUGUUGAAAGCAAGGUUCCUUCCAUUGAAACAGCUGAUCAGUGUGUGAGUCAUUGCAGUACUCGAACCUGUGUACUGGCUCAGGAAGAACAGCUUCUACAGACUGGAGACAAACAGUUGGCGAGACACGUGCUGCUGUGUUUACUUCUUGUUGUUGGCUUGUUUGCUAAUCUUUCCAGUUGUUUAUGGUGGCUGUUCAACCAAGAGCCUGGAAGGCUAUAUGUGGAAUUGCAGUUCUUUUGUGCUGUGUUUAAUUUUGGUCAGGGUUUCAUUUCCUUUGGUAUUUUUGGCUUAGAUAAGCAUUUAAUCAUUCUGCCAUUCAAGCGAAGACUUGAAUUUCUCUUGGGAGGUAGAGAAGCAGCAGAGCAUACAGAUCCCACUCUACCCGAGGAAAUCAGGAUGACCUGUCAACAGUUUGUUCGUUAUCAUAGAGAUCACUGUGUCAAAAGCAUUGUCAAAGGCAGAAGGUGUGGUGCAAAGAUCUCCACUGGCAUCUUCUUUGGCUGUGACCUGGUGAACUGGCUCAUCCAAGUUGGCCUUGCCUCUGACCGUGGUGAAGCUGUGAUGUAUGGAGACAGACUGAUGAAAGGAGGCGUCAUCCAGCACAUUACGAAUGAAUUUGAAUUUCGGGAUGAAUAUUUGUAUUACCGCUUUAUUCCUAAGAGAUCAACUACAGCUGAGAGCCAAUGACCUGAGCAUGUAGACAGAGGAUGGGCAGGUGGGGGUAAACGUGACCAUCUCCUCUGCAUUUGCCACCGCACCUGGAAGUGUCCCUUUCUCAGGGCUUCUAGGGAGUUGUGUCACGCUCUCUUGCGAAGUUACAAAAUGUGGUUCUACUUGUGUCUAUUCUGAAGAAAAUAGUAGCAAGUGAUACUCUCAGUGAGUGUUUGAACCAGAAUGCAGCUAGAAUAAAACAAGGUACUCUGGAUUUAGAGCAUUUUCUCCAUUUUCAGCAAAACAAACAGUAAAAUUAUGUGUGUCACUGAUGUUUUUAUACCUGCACUGUAACAGCAGCUUUAGUGACUGGUUCCACAAUCGGGG